GUGCAAAGUAAGUUUAUUGAAACUCCAAAAGUAAAGGGCAAAUCCAGUGUGUGACCACGGUUAUGGAGCCAGAGACAUGUUGGAAAGCAUUCCGAGGUGUUCCCAACACAGGCUGCUACAUGCGUUAUGUAAUCCCUCCUUUAUACUCUGGGUAUUAAGAAGGUAAAUCUAUCAUAGAAGGUUCAUCGCAUCAGACAGGACUGAGGAUCAGUGAGGAACAUUUGGCACGUCUCUACAAUUUAAGUUGUUUUAUCUGUUGCGUCAUUGGCAUUCACUUAUCUACUGGUGCAUUACCUUUAGGUCAACAAAACUGCAGGCCACAUGACUGUGCAAAGGUUGUGUUUGCUUGUAAAGUCAACAUAAUGGCAAAGCCGUGAUGAAAAGAGUGCAAAUACAUCGGAAUCACGUCUUCAUCAUGUUUGCUUCUGUGGUUCUAGUCUUGGCGGCUGUUUUGUUCUUCCUGCUGCUCUUUCAGACCCACAGGGCCAAAGAUUUCCCUCCAGGCCCUCGACCCAUCCCCUUCUUUGGAAAUGUGUUGCAGCUCAAUCUGGAGAGCCCUAUUGCAGAUCUGGAGAGGCUGGCCAAACGCUAUGGUAGCGUAUACAGCCUUUUCAUUGGUCACAGGCCUGCGGUCGUCAUCAACGGGCUGCAGGCCUUCAAAGAAGCCCUGGUCAACAAAGCUGCUGACUUCUCUGGCAGACCACAAGGCAUGAUGGUUAACCAUGCUGUACAAGUGAAAGCUCAUGCUCCUGGAGUGAUUCUAGCAGAUUAUAACCCUGGCUGGAGAGAGCAUCGACGCUUUGGUCUGAUGACCCUGAGAAACCUUGGUCUUGGGAAGCAGUCGAUGGAGCAGCGCAUUCUGGGAGAGCUGCAUCGCAUCAUAACGCAAUUCGAGCAGAGUGCUGGUAAGUCCAUGGAUCCCCACAUGCUGUUCCACAAUGCGGCCUCCAAUGUCAUCUGCCAAGUUCUGUUUGCUAGGCAGUUUGACUAUGAGGAUGAGCUCAUGAAGUUUUUUGUUAGCCUUUUUCAUGAGACUUCCAAAAUAAUCAACGGGCGCUGGGGUAUGAUUUAUGACGCUAUUCCCAUGGUGCGCAACCUGCCACUGCCCUUCCAGAAAGCCUUUAAGUUGUUCAAGAGUGCACAUGAAAAACGUUUGGAGUUGUUGGCUGAGAACAAAAAGACCAGAGUUCCUGGUAAACCGCGCCAUUUCAUAGACUGCUACCUGGAUGAAGUGGAUAAGAGAGGAGACGAUGGCUCGACUUUUUCUGAAGACCAGCUUUCUGCAUGUAUUUUGGAUCUUCACUUUGCUGGGACUGACACGACCGCCAACACCCUGCUCUCUGCCUUCCUCUACCUAAUGAAUUAUCCACAGAUACAGGAGCGCUGUCAGCAGGAAAUAGACACGGUUCUGGAUGGGAAGGAUGAAGCCAGUUUUGAAGACAGACACCAGAUGCCCUAUGUGCAGGCUGUCAUUCAUGAGAUCCAGAGGACGGCUAACACUGUUCCUCUCAGCGUUUUCCACUGCACUCUUAAAGACACAGAGUUAAUGGGAUACUCCAUACCCAGAGGAACCAUUAUCAUCCCUAACUUGUCCUCAGUGCUGAAUGAGGAGGGACAGUGGAAAUCCCCUCAUAAAUUCGACCCUGACAACUUCCUCAAUGAGCAGGGAGAGUUUGUGAAGCCAGAGGCCUUCAUGCCUUUCUCUAUAGGUCCUCGUAUGUGUCUCGGAGAGGCCCUUGCUCGCAUGGAGCUCUUCCUCAUCGUUGUGACUCUGCUGAGGAGGUUCACGUUCGUGUGGCCUGAGGAUGCAGGAGAGCCGGACUUCACGCCUGUUUUUGGGACAACCCAGACGCCCAAACCUUACUGCAUGAAUGUCCAAAUCAGAAAAACUAUCCCAAGACAGAGGUUAUCCUAAGACUGUCAUCAUGAAACAUCGUAUAAAAUUCAACUCUUCGCCAUAAAUCCGAUUUUGGUUAAAGCUGCACUAAUAAAUAUUUGUAGUGUUACAGCAUGUAAAUCAUACAGUUUUAUCUGAUUCUGAUUCAACUUGCGUACAAGUGGCAAAUUUGACCUGAUGGUGGCAGUAAAGGAAAGGUCAUGGAGUCACUAAAAUCACCAGGAUUCACUUGGUUGCAAUUUGCAACCACACCACUAGAUGCCGCCAUAUCCUACCUUUAAGUAAGAUUUUGAAUGCAUGAGUUUUACUUGUAAUUUAGUAUUUUUAUACCGUGAUAUUGAUACUUUUACUUGAUUAAAGGAUGUGAAUACUUCUUCCACCACUGACUAAAGUGUUGGACAGUAAUUGAUUUAUGUAUCCUCUAUUGGGACCCUACUCUACCCCACAUUAAAAUAACAUAAACCUACA